AUGCCGCGGGCUUUCCUGAUCACGCAUCGCAGGUACAAUGGUGUUGAAGAAGAGAUCGCAGGAUCUGAAAGAGGUUUCAGUCCCGAGAGGAGCGUGAGGCUGGCCGACUACAGCGGCGGUCAACCAACUUCCGAUGGCGCCAGCGAGUGCGGCAGCGAGACGUCGUCCGAGUGUCCCGAGGAACUGUACAACCUGACGAAGCUGGCGGAGGUCAGCCUGGCAGCGGCGGCGGGCACCUUAAUCCAUCACAGCAAUGUUAUCUAUCAGCGACCGGCGUCGCCCAGGAUCGCGCAGUAUCCCGCGGAGGCGAGCAGGACUCUCGGGCCUCGACCUACCGUUCAAGUGGUGGAAAGCCAAGACCAAGUCCUAGGCGAACGAACGAGGCUCUUCUUCGAGCGGAUCGAGACCGAGAGAGACAUCCUGGAGACUCGCUCCAAGGAUAGCGCCGCCUUGAAGAUUCACCUCUCGCCGCGGCAUCCUUCUUCCUGCUCCUCGCAGGAGGAAUCGUGUCACUCGAAAGUGCCGAUCGUCGUCCCCGGUAUCGGCGUCGAUCCGGCGUCCGUGUCUUCGACCGCGUCGAUUCAAGGUCGCAGGACGGCCGCCGUGGAGCCUAAACCGGAGGACAACGAGGAUCACGAGUGUCCCGACUGCGGCAAGAAGUACUCGACCUCCUCGAAUCUGGCCAGACACCGUCAGACGCACAGGUCGCUGGGCGAUAAAAAGGCCAGGAGGUGCCCGCAUUGCGACAAGGUCUACGUCAGCAUGCCGGCGUUCAGCAUGCACGUGAGGACCCACAAUCAGGGAUGUAAGUGCCACUAUUGCGGCAAGUGCUUCUCCAGGCCGUGGCUGCUGCAGGGACAUAUACGCACGCAUACAGGCGAGAAACCUUUCAAGUGCACCAUUUGCAACAAAGCCUUUGCCGACAAGUCGAAUUUACGAGCUCAUAUACAAACACACUCGAACACCAAGCCCCACGUGUGCGGUCGUUGCGGCAAGGCUUUCGCCCUGAAAUCGUACCUCUACAAACACGAGGAAUCAUCCUGCAUGCGUGCUCAUCACCGAUCGUCCGCAGAUAAGUCCGAUCAGAUCGAGCCGCAAAGGACACCGUCGUCGGUGAAACCGAGUGUUCCAUUAUCGUCGUCCUUGAACAGAACGCCGACGACGUCGUGCGUCACGGCGUCGCCCACCAGCGUCAUAGUUCCUCGAUUGGGGCACGAGCGUGACCAGAAAGACUCGUCGGCGUUCUCCGCGAUCAUCAGGCACACCAGGACGUCGGACGCGUCCACGGUGGCACCGUCGAAGCGACCCUGCCGAGAGAAGACACCCCCGGACGAGCCAGAGAGGCAGAGCCCCGAUUUAGUGACCAAGGAUCCGGAAUACGUGUCCAGAAUGGUCAUCAGAACGUCGGUGAUAUCGCCCAAUCCGGAGCACCUGCACCUCCGUUUCGAAAAUGACGUUAAGAGUUCCUCGACUACGUUCGAUUAUCUCGACCCGACGAGGUCCUCGUCUUUCUCGAGACCCGCCACGAUGACCUUGAAUUUGGCCAUCGCUUAAAGAUCGGC